AUGGUCCAAGCAUCCUUUUUUCACUUUAGUUUUCUAAGUUUACACUCUGAAACCCUUCUACAAAAACUUACCGCUGAGAACGGGACGGGAUCCGCCGACAACGUCGGAAUCGCCAUAGACAUGCGCCGAACGAAUGCGGACGCUCGUCUUCCGGCGGUCGACGACGUCGUCGACGAUGUCGAUGCAAUAGCCGCAUUCCGUCGUGUAGUGGUCGAGCUCGUUCCUGAUGCUCCGAUGAAACCACCACCGCCGCCGCCUCCGCCAAUGCCCAUACCACCACCACAACCACCGAUUGACGACGACGACUGA